CCCGACGGCCAGCCCGACGGCUUCCCCGACGGGCUUCCCCACGCUCAGCCCGACUGCGUCCACUCCGGCGCCUCCUCUGCCAGUCGUCACAGCCGUGGGCGAUCCUCACAUGGUCAACAUUCGUGGCCAGCGCUUCGACCUCAUGCGGCCUGGAAGGCACGUCUUGCUUCAGAUCCCGGCCAGCGCAGUCGCGCGGGACACGCUGUUGCGCGUAGAGGCGGACGCCGAACAUUUGGGCAAGGCUUGCGCGGACGUGUACUUCCGCAGCAUCAACCUCUCAGGAGCAUGGGCAGAGCGCGAAAGCGUCGGCGGCUUUCAUUUCCGCGCAGGCGGUGACAGAGAACAGCUGAAGUGGACGCGGCUGGGCGAGGUGGACCUGAAGGUGAUCGCUGGGCAUACUCAGGAGGGCGUCAGCUACUUGAACAUGUUCGUCAGGUUCGUCAAGAGCGUGACUCUGGCCAUCGGGGGGCUGCUCGGGGGAGACGACCACAGGGAGGCCGCCAGCCGCCCGGAGCGGUGCCGCUCGGUCGUCUCGUUCGUGGCAGCUCCGGCGGUCAAUCCUUGA